CACACACACACAUCUACCCAUAACCCCUUCUCCACUUGGCGAACCACACAACAAACCAGUGUAUUUCCCAGUCUGCCUUCGGCUCGACCGGCCGUGAGGAACAAGGCUUUGAAGCCGACUCGACUCUUCCGAUACUCUGGACGUUUCAUUUCUGGACAUGAUCUCCUCGCUGGGAUUAUAGUGAGACUUCUAUUGGUUUGAUUUUUGCUCUUGGACUUCCUUCUCCUGGUCUCUGCUGCUGUUCUCCCUGUGGAUGCUGAGGUCGGCGGGGGAUCCUCAGAAGCGAGGCGGUGAAGUGGUGACGAUGUGGAUCCCGACGCCGAGCAUGACCCCGUCCCAGCGGGCCGUGCUGUACGGGACGUGCGUCCUUGCUCUGGUGAACUCCGUGGCCCUCCUGGUGCUGCUGGUCCAGCAGAACGGGCAGCACGGCAGGCUGGACCGGGCGGAGGCCCGGCUGACCGGGGUGGAGCAGAGCUCGGUGGUGGAGUUCCUCCAGGAGGUGCCCAGGGGAGCGGCGGGGCUCCGGGCCAGCGCCGCGCAGCAUCAGCUGUUCUCCAGGAACAAGAGGAGCCGAGAGCCGGACCAGGAGCUCCAGCAGGGCGAGGUGACGGAGAGCUCCCAGCAGGAGGCCAGCCAGGAGGUGGGGGAGGAGACGGAGAAGAAGACCAGGCUGGAGGUGAAGCACAAGCCCCGACACGGCCAGCGGCACGUCAAGACGGCGCUGCAGGACGACAUGAUGAUGAUGAUGACCUACUCCAUGGUGCCGAUCAAAUUGUUGAUUGACAUUUGUAACAGCACCAAGGGAGUCUGUAUAGCUGGACCUCCGGGACCUCCUGGACCACCGGGUCUGCCCGGCGCCGACGGUUCGCCCGGCCACAAUGGCACUGAUGGCAUCCCGGGACUGAAUGGAGAGCCUGGGGCUGAUGGGAAAAGAGGGAAGAGAGGUGAGAGAGGAGAGCCGGGGGAAAAGGGAGAGCCCGGAGAGCCGGGUCCACCUGGAGAGGAGAGCGGACCAGUAAAUGACGUUGUAGUAGAGGGCCCUCCUGGCCCACCAGGACCUCCUGGACCCAUGGGCCCUCCUGGACCUCCAGGACCUCAAGGGCCUCCCAGAACAAGGCACCACAGAGCCCAUCUGCAAGCAGCUCAUACUAUGGGUUUGCUCCACGCCGUUCCAAACGACGGAACCUCGCCUGCAAAAGAGGCGGCGAAGCUCCUCGAGAAGGCCUCCAAGAAGAACGAGUGUCUGAUCAAGUCUCUGAUCAACCCGAGGAACGUGACCAAGAUGGAGAGCACGUUCGGCACCUGGAUGAGAGACACGGCUCGGCUGGACGACGAGCGGAUAUGGGUGGCAGAGCACUUCUCCGGUCGAGUGGUGAAGGAGUAUAAAAGCAUCGCCUCUUUCCAGAGCAACAGCAGCGACGUCGUGGACGUCAUAAAAUUCUACCAAGGCUGCGGGCACAUUGUCCACGACGGUUGCUUUUAUUACCACAUCGCAGGUUCUUCCAGCAUCGCCAGGUUCGAUUUCCACACCAAGAAGCUGAGCACUCUGCCCAUAGACAACGCCUUGCACCACAACCUGGCCUACCUGCUCCACAACUCCAAGACUUACUUCAAGCUGGCGGCGGACGAGAACGGCCUGUGGCUGAUCUUCGCCUCCAGCGUGGACGAGAGCAUCAUGGUGGCCCGGCUGGACCAGAAGACCUUCUCCGUCACCUCCUACCUGAACACCAGCUACCCUCGCACCAAGGCCGGCAACGCCUUCGUCGCCUGCGGCGUCCUGUACGUCACCGACACCAAGGACACCAGAGUCACCUUCGCUUUCGACCUGCUGAAGGGGAAGCCGGUCAAUAUGACCUUUGACCUGAGGUCGCCCGGCGGAGUGCUGGCGAUGCUCUCCUACAGCCCGAAGGACCGGCACCUGUACGUGUGGGAUCAGGGCUACGUCCGGCUCUACGUGGUUCACUUCAUCUCCGACGAGUGAGGAAACGACGCCACCGAUCAGCAAGAAGACUUUAUACCCCAAUCAGCCACAACAUUAUGACCACCUUCUGUUUUAUUUUAUUUUAAUGGGAUCUGUUAGUGAGAAGGUGUAUCAGGCAGAGACCGACUGAAGAAAAAGUAACAAACAGAAGGAUUAGAGGGGUCUCAAGUCAAUGAUACAUGUGGGAAAUGAAGGCGAUUCAAAUAAAUGCAAGUCAAACUGCUGCCAGUUUCUACUAAAAGAGCAUCGUUUCAUUUUUCUCUGGCUGUCAUGUUAUGGCUGAGAGGUGUUUAUCAAUAGAAAACUAUCCGCUGACCACCAGCUUUCACGUCACCUCUGGAGACUAUAUUUAUGAUUUUUAAAAAAAAGAGUACGUGUCGUCUAUUUUUUCGUGUUAAAUCGUUUUAAUUAGUUGUAGUAAUUUAACAGAAUCAAGUCAGUUCUCGGUUGGAGAUCAUUUUAUUGUCAAAGAAUAAACACUGCUGUAUUUAUAUCGUCUGUGAUGAACGUAAAAGCUUUUUGAUUUGCUAACACCGCUAACAUUUUUUUAUCAUCCCAUUUCAGACAAAUUGAAUCUAGAAUUCGACUUUUGUGGCCGCUGUGUGUUAAAGUGUGUUUGCAUGACAACUCUUAAUGAUUUUUUUUAUACAGAUGUAAAUGUUUUUCCUCCCUUUUUUGUACAAAGUCCAACCACAGUAAAGAGAAACCUCAUCAAUAAAUAAAAACAGUGUCAAAUCAGCCUGAUGAAAUAAAAAGAAUUUAUUCACUUUACAAAGGUAAAACUGACCAUGACCUGUUCUCUCACACACCUUCAGGCUCAAGUGCCCUUGUAAGCGUCGACCCCGUGAUAUUGGCUUCUUUUUGCAUUAUUACAUGCACACGCACAUACACACCAGACACCAGCGGGACCAUCGG